AUGAAAAUGUGUUACUUGAAAUUUUUUUUGAAAAUAUGUUUUCUUCUUUUUUUGAGUUACGACUUUAUUUAUUUAAAAAGUGAAAAUAAGAAAGAGCAAGGAAAUUUAUUUAAGAAUGGAUAUGAAAUUUUUUUUGUUCAGAAGGAUAUAUUACCUUCGUAUAUAAAACGUGAUAAUCAUAUAUCAAUUUUUUUUUGUAAAUCCUGACAGUCACAAUAUGUUUUAAAAAGAAUAAAACAAUAUUUUGAUAUUUUAAAUGGAGAAGAAACACAAUUAUAUCUUGAAAAUAGUAAGUUUUCAGUUGAUAAUAAUAAGUAUAUUAUAUUCUUAAUGAACUAUAAGCCAGCUCUAAUCUAUAGAUUGAUUAGCUAUUUCAUAAUUUUUAUUUAUAUUUUAAUUUCAAUAAAUGUAAUUUUUCCUAAACAGUCAGAAUAUUUCAUGCCAAGUUUUUUAAUAAAUAAUGAAAAUUAUAAUAGAAUAUUUCAAGAAAUGAGAAAAAAAAAGUUAGCUGUUUUCGCUAUUAUGUUUUUUUCAUUUAAUAUAAUUUAUGGGAUACUUUGUAACACAAAUGUAAUUCAUAUAUAUCAGAAUAGGAAUUUAAUUUAUAACGAUUAUUAUAUUGAACAUGUAUUUAUUGAACAGUUAAGAAGAAAUUUAAAAAAUAUUUAA